GUUGUCAGAGUCAAAUGGAUGCUUUUCCAUUCUCAACAGUACAUAAUAAAAUGUUGAAUUUUCUUUAAAAUCUGUUGAGCGUAGACCAGACAGUUCAUUUUUCAGAGACGUAUUGUCAAUCUUUGGGAUUUCUUCUCCAUGGGCUGAUUGUAGUAUGGGACGCCACAGAAUGAACCCCCAUUCAAUUCCCAUCUCUACCCAUCCUGCAUAGGCAUGUAAAUGCUAUGACAGUGACCAGACACAGGUUUAUACGAUAGAUUCAACCAAGUCCUAUUGUGCUAGGAUAUUGGAAUUUCAUUAGUGUGUGUCACUUCUAGCUCUAACAAUGUUAUUAAGAGAAAACCCGUGACAAAUUAUAAUGUCAGGGGACGCGCCUUCAGAUAAUCCCCUUUCUUGUUAAUGAGUAUGCACUAGGGGGAGCAGUUACUUUGGCAUAAUAGAUUUCCAAGGAAAAACUAGAUGACCUCUUGUCUGUUCCACUACUUGUUCUGAUUCUAGAUAUGUUUAAGUAGUUUAAACCUUUAGAUGACAGAGAAAUCACUGCUGUGUUUUUUUUUUUUUCUUAAUGUGGUUACUCCUUAAUAUAGUGUCCUCUGUACUGUGCUUUCGAGUUGCUUAGUUUACCAGAUACUUUUGAAUGUAUACCUUUUUUAACUUUUUAUUGCCAAGUAGACUUAAACAAAUGUCUUGUCUUGGUGGUUUGGUAAAUAAAAAAUAAUCAGCUAAAUUAAAGAAACAUAAAUAUAGUCUAGAACAUUGUACAGUACAAAUAUGAAAGAAAAUGGUAUAAAUUAGUGUUUUGGAUAUCAUUACAAAGAAAACUGUAUAUGCUGGGUUUAUAUAGUGUAUAUAGAAUUUGCUAAAAAGAAAACAAGUUUGAAACAUACAUUUUCAGGCGUUUCACCAGUAAAAACAAACAAACAAAAGUAUUUAAAGGUAAACUCCCCAAAAAAGAGUUGUCUUCUCAUCUGUGGUGAAAGGAGUACAAAAUACAUUUAAUGCAUUUCCUAGUCUUUAUAGUUUAUACCAAUAAAGCAUUAUUCCAACCAAAUACAGAAGCAAGUUUAAUAAUUAUGCCCAGCGUGAUUCAUUCCAUCAUACUUUUCUAAGUUUGAAAAAAAUAAAGGAACUCAAAUCUCUGUGAGAAAUCUCAUUAAAAUAGACUACCUUUUUGUUUUUUUUCUCAUUUGAUUUAUUCAAGAGGAUAUAUGAACAUGAUAUAUAUUGUAUACGAACAAUUCAAACCAGGGAUAGACCUAUAAAGUAAUACAAAUUACAUAAAAUAAAGAAAGAACUUUUAAAAACCCUACUGGAGACCGCUGCACGAGAGCAGUCGUUGCCAGGAAGUGACGUUGCCUGGUUACUAGGCACCAUCCUGCUGACAGCAGCCAGCUGAAGCACGCUAACGAAGAUUUGUUUUUAAUGCGGGUUUGCGUUUAAUUCGUUUGUCUCUUAAUCUUUGUACACCCUCUCUAACGAGGUUAAUGCAACUGUAACACGAACCCCUUUUUACCGGUCGACCCUUUACCAGGUUCAGUUUGUUGGGGAGGACUGCCAUGUUGAGCCCCGGUGAACUAGAAGGUGAAGUGGACCAUUCGUUUUUCGACAGUGAUGGUGAAGAUACUAGUGCCAGCAAAGAUGGAGGGGAAAAGUUGGAGAAAGGCGGGAAGGCUGAAAAGGAGGGUCCACCAGCACACGAGAGGCUACAACCAAAACCAAUUGAAAAUACAAAAGUCAGCUCUCAUUUAAAGGGAGAAGAUAAAAGCAUGGAAUCCAGGAUAUCAUUGGAUAAAGUACUCAAUGAUGGCAGUGCGCCCUCAAAGAGGCGUACAUCCCCUACUUUCAGUGAAAGCAGUGCAGGUGCAGACUCAGAGAGCUCCUCUAGAAGUAGCAGUAGGAGAAGCAGUCCAGAUUCACGCACCCUUCCCAGGCCCAACAAAACACCUGCAGUAGGUAAGACCAGAGGGGGCUCAGCAGGAUCUCAGGGUGUUCCUAUUGGCCGUACAGAGGAGUCAGAGGGUACAGUGACAAAUGUUAGCCGCCUCUCCUCUCCUGACACCAGCCCUCUCCAGUCGCUGGACCUGAAUCACACAGAGAGAAGCCUUAAAGAGCAGCGGAAGGAGAAGAGGGUGCCCUCCAGUGGCCUGAGAGACAUGCAUCAGGAGGAGGACUCAGACCAGGAUGUGGACGAGUGCUCCCUCAGGACAGAGAGCCAUCUUGAAGGUGAACUGGUCUUCCGCCAUCCUGGACGGAGAAGCAGGAAGAACUACUCAUUCAGCAAUGAUGAGGCUCGACGCAUAGAACGGGAGAACCAUCGCCUUCUUCGGGAGAUCUCGCGCCAUUCUCCAGCACCAAGACCAGGAAGCAGCGCGAGGAAGAAAACCCAUCCGGCCAGCAAGUCGCCGUUUAUCCGACUCCCUCACAGCGCACUGAACAGGCAGCGGGAACAGCAGCGCAUCGAGAGGGACAACCUGGCUCUCCUGAAGAGGCUGCAGACCGCCAAGCCGACGCCUGGCCUGAAACGCUCAGAACAACUGCAGGACUUCCAGCGACAAGCCGCAUACUUGGGAGCUUCAUCAUACCCAAUGUCCACACACAAGAAAGAGAAGUCUCCCAGCAAGACGCCCUCAGGUAGCAGCAGGACCCAGGCCGGGCAGUUCGGCCCCCCACAGCUCCAGUGCAGCUUCCCCCUCACCUGACCCUGGUGAUACUCCCGUACCCCGGACAAAGAGAACGAGUGCAGCCAAACCAGAACACAGCCAUGAUGAAAAAUAAACUUGUUUUCCAGCGAGUGAUGAUGCCAUUUCAUCUGUAUUUCUUCCUUUCCCCCCUUUGUUCAUAUUUGUACAGUUUAUGAUGCACAUAAGAAUAAUUAAAUAUGUAUUUGAAAUAUUAUUUGGUGUUAUGUAUAUUGUGUGCCUUCAAAAACUAAGCUGGUUGAUCGAGCAAUUAGUUUCCAACUUUAAAUUG